AUGUUGAUAAAAAUUGCAGCAAUUUUCUUGGUAGGGCUUCUGGCCUUGGCAUAUCAGGCCAUUCAGCCUCCACCCCCAAGAACAUGCGGUUCACCACAUGGUCCACCCGUCACAGCACCAAGGAUUAAGCUCAGAGAUGGAAGGCACUUAGCCUACAAGGAACAUGGGGUGCCUCGAGAACUCGCCAAGAACAAGAUUGUCUUCUUACAUGGCUUUGGUAGCUGCAGACAUGAUGCUGUAAUUGCAACAAACCUCCCCAAAGGGCUUCUUGAGGAACUUGGAGUAUACAUUGUGUCUUUUGAUAGACCAGGGUAUGGAGAAAGUGACCCUGAUCCUAAUCGAACGGUAAAAAGUUUGGCACUUGAUGUUGAAGAGCUUGCAGACAAGUUGGAACUGGGAGCCAAGUUCUAUGUCAUGGGAUUUUCUAUGGGAGGACAAGCUGUGUGGGGUUGCCUCAAGUACAUUCCUCAUAGACUUGCAGGGGCAACACUGAUGACACCGGUGAUAAAUUAUUGGUGGCAUAACCUUCCUUCCAACAUGACAACAAAGGCCUACUAUGACCAACCCACACAAGACCAAUGGGCUCUGCGAGUUGCUCACUACUUUCCAUGGCUAACAUACUGGUGGUUUACUCAGAACUGGUUUCCUUCAUCAAGUGUUGUUCAACGCAACCCUGCUAUUUUCUCCCAUCAAGAUUUAUCAAUCCUCUCCAAACUCCGUAGACCAUAUCAGUCACAGGUGCAGCAACAAGGUGAAGCUGAAUCCAUUUGUCGGGAGGCCAGAAUUGGGUUUGGAAGGUGGGAUUUUGAUCCCCUUGAUAUUGAUAACCCUUUUCCAGAUAAUACAGGGCAUGUUCAUCUAUGGCAAGGUGAUGACGAUAAGAUUAUCCCUGUCAUGCUGCAGCGCUACAUUGCCCAAAACAUUCCUUGGAUUCAAUACCAUGAAGUGCCUGGUUCUGGACACUUAUUUCCACACAUUGAGGAAAUCACUGCCACUAUCAUCAAAACACAAUUAGUCCAUUGA